AUGCCAUUUAGUGUACUACAGGCAGCAAAAGCAGCAGCAUUGGACAAGGAGCUCAUGUCCACAUGCGGCUACUCAAUUGACCAGUUAAUGGAGCUUGCGGGUUUGUCGGUGGCCCAAUCUGUUUACAAGAGCUAUCCUCCAAAGACGAAUCCAAACUGUGUUGUUCUAUGUGGACCGGGAAACAACGGAGGUGAUGGUUUAGUUGCAGCCAGGCAUCUUAAGCUAUUUGGAUACAAGCAACUGAAAGUGUACUAUCCACGGCCUUCAAAAAAACCGCUUUUCCUAAAUUUGGAGAAGCAGUUGGCACAAUUUAAGAUCGAAGUGAUCUCGAAGGACGACGAUCAGUUUUCGGAGCUCAAUCGGGAGUUGGAAACCAGCGACAUUGUCAUUGAUGCACUGUUUGGCUUCUCUUUUCAUGCUCCAAUGAGGGCUCCUUUUGAUGGUGUGUUAUCCAAUAUGUUGAAAGCGCAGGAAAAGGGAAAGAAGGUCGUGGCUGUGGAUAUUCCAUCUGGAUGGGAUGUCAAUGAGGGCCCAAACAAUGUGCAGGUUGCAAAAUACCAGCCAGAUGUUCUUAUUUCAUUGACUGCUCCAAAGCCAGCAGCUUUGAAGUUGAAGAAAGAGGCAAGACACUUCUGGGGAGGCCGAUUUAUCUCCGAGGAUAUUGCCAAGAGGUGGGGAAUCGAGAUUCCUGAUUAUCCGGGGGUUGACGAGACGGUUGAGGUGGAGAAUAAUUGA